AUGCAAUAUCGCUUUGUGUGCAUGAUCUCCUACUUUUAUUUUCAUUUUGUUAACUCAUGUGCUUUCGUCGAUUUGCCGGACCUUGACUAUGAUCCUGCACUAAGCCGAAUCAUCAUGCCUAUGUUGAUGGAGGAGUAUGAGAUAGGGCUCAGCUACACCAUCAUCAAGAUGGAGCAGCAGAAUACAAAUGGAAAGGAGGGCGUGGAGGUGCUGCAGCAGGUCCCUUUUGAGGAUGACGAGCUCGGCGAGGGCCAAUUCACCUCAAAAGUGUAUCAUCUGCAGAGAGAGUCUUUGACAAUGGAUAAUCAUGAAAGGGCUUUGCAUCCGCAAGUUCUCUCGCAGUGCAUGAGGACUCCUGGUCCGCUUAUCCAAAGAGCAGAACAGUGCCCUCUUUUUAGCAAGUGUUCCCUGACGAUUGACACCGUGAUAAGACCUGACAACGGCUGCUCUGAAAAUGAAACGACACUAAGGUUGCCCUACAACCAGGCGCACAAUUUAAACAGCCAGCAGCUAGCUGCAAGAGAGGUGGAGAUCAUCGACAUCGCGUCAGUAUCGCGGGACUACUGGAGCAAGGUGAUCACUGCUCCAAAAGUCGACCUCACAACAUUCAAGUCCCAACGGACGGAGCGAGGCCCUCUUCUGAAUGGGUGGAUGGAUUCAUGCCGUCCCGUGAUGACCAUAUACAAGCUGGUGGUCAUGGAUGCUCCCAUCUGGGGCUUGGGCGAACGGCUCGAAGACUGCCUCAUCGCGGUACCUAGGGCGCUGUUUCUGGCGUGCCACCGGCUGUGCUUCGCGUGGAUAGACGAGUGGUACGGCAUGACCAUGGAGCAGAUCCGGGAGAUGGAGAGGCACACGGACCUACUCCUCAAAAAGACACUGAAAAAGGCUGCAAAACCUGGGAGCAAGCACGAGGGCAAGAGGAAGUCGCUCAAAGACGAAAUCGCCGUUGUGGGGAGCUGCACCUAG